UCCGGGCCGGCGGCGGCCACCUGAGCCCGGGGGGAGGGACGGAGAGCCCCGGCGGCCGAGCGAGGGGAGGCUGCGGCGUACCGCGUCCUCGCAUAGGGCACCGCUGCUGGGUGCGUGGGGCCUGCGGGGCGGGACGGGGCUGCUGGUAACCUCCUUUACAGCGACUGGUGGGGCAUUGCCGUGUUUGAGGCCGUCCGGAGAACCCCGAAGCGCUUUGAGGUGUAGGAAGGGUCCGUCCUGCAGGAUGGAGAAGGAGGCUGGAGGGAGUACGGGUUUCUGCCGUUGGGUGUUAAUGAAUCUGGUCCGUUUCAUCCAAGUCACACGGUUUUUUUGAGGGUUCGUGGCAGAUACUGACUGUAGUUAACAAAAUAUUUCUAACGCUGGAAAACGCAGUGUUAAGAACGAUGUAGGUCCAUGCUUACAAUGUGCAUAAGCAGAGUUUUAACACCGCUUCCAUGAGCAGGUAACAUGUAAAAGCUGGUAGCGGUAGGACAGAGCUAUCGCCGUAGCAGACUCAGCUCUGAUGUGCCUCUUGCGAUCACUUGAUGAAAGUAUUCCCAGUGAAUCAUUCUCACCAGCACCUGUUUGUAGCAGUUUCCUGCUUUUGGAGUUCCCCGUUCCAUACUUAACGUGGCGUUUUGAGCUACCUUGAAGGAAUGCUUUUGGUAGAACUGUGCCCAAAAGCCAUUCUAUCCUCUCUGCACUUACGUCCUCUUCUUAGCUAGAUGAGCAGCCCCGUCUAACAAAGCAACAGUUACUGUGGCUGGAAAUACAGCACACAAAUGUCAGCGGUCAGCACUUUAUUCCCAGAUUUCAGGAGAAUACUUAUGCUUAACAAGGAUUACUGAUUUGUUCUGGGCCGGUAAGUGCGAGUGGGUUAGUUAAAAGGACUUCAGAUGCCUUGAAUCAUGUGCUCCAGCUCAGUAGGAAAGGUGAUAGUUGGCAGUGGUUGUUUUUAAAUGGAAAUAAAGGAGCAGGAGAGGGCUGAAUAAGAAAAACUUCUCACUGGUAAAACUAGUAAUCUUUUAUUUGAGGACUUGUCAGACAGGACUGAAUGGUUCAAGUCUGUGUGCUUGGUGUUUUAUGAAUGAGUUUUCUCAAGGGCCACCCACUGUUACUUUUGGAUAUGGCCAGCGUGUUUCAGAAGAAUCAUCCCAGGAAAGUGAAAGUUUACAUGUUUGUUCCAUUUAAAAUCUCUUUUUUCCAUAAAACUUGCCUGUUUUAUCUACACAGGGAUCCAGACUAGUACUGGAGGUUGCUUUGUGUGAGCAUUGGGUACAAGAAGUUGGAAAGACUUGGAAUUUUGAAUGCAAGUGGCCACAGAUUAUGUCCUUAUCUGUUGCAGAGGAGGUGAAGUAUUUUCUCGCAAAGUAGAGCACAUCUGAAUGAAAGCUAAACUACUCAGGCAUCAUUCCAUGGUUUCUAAAUAAGCAAACUUAAGGAGCAGACCUAGCUUAUCUCUGUAGAGAUCGCAAGGAAAACCUUGCAGUUAAAAUGGCAAACGAGAUGUUAGAUUGCAUGAGGUAUGAAACUGUAAAUAAUACAAAGAAAGUCAAAAUGCCCUUAGCAGUGUGACUCAUUUCGGAUGGCUUGUGCAAUUGCUUUGGGUCACCUGUGAAGUACCUUGUAUUUAAGGACAGACUCUAGUUGCGUAGCUCUUCUUGGUCUCAGCAAAAUAUGCGUCUGCUUGAUACCUGCACCAAGACAUUGUAUUUCCAAGGGAAAUUGUAUUUUCUGCUUAGAAGCUAUGAGUAUAAAACUAAAAACUCCAAAUGAUAGAGCUUAUGAAAUAAUGAAACCGGGCGAUGGAGGUGGGAUUUUCCUUUAACCACACAGUACUGUGCCCUUACCUGUUCAUUUGAAGCACCUGAUGUUUGUGGCGGAAAGGAACUCAAUUCAGUUUCUCAAAUCUUAUAUAAUCUUGGAAUGCAGUCGUAGUAGUAGUCAUGUGAAAUGCAAAACAGUGCAAAAUUGCUCUUCUUCAAAUUCACAGGCACCAGGUAGUCCUGAGGAGCUACCUGAGGUUUCGCUCUUCAGUCCUGUGGGUCUGUAAAUAACCUCUGCGUAAUCCAGAAUUGACUCUGUUGAAAAUGAGCAUGUGUGACUUAAUUGCAUUUCUGGGGCCAUAACUUGUUUUGUUCCCAAGUCUGUUCUUUGGGGGCGGAUAUACAUACAGCCUUUCCUGCAAAGGGUUAUGUUUAUUUGACGGUUUUUUUUUAUGUCUUACAACAUGAAAAGUUAGUAACUGCUCUUAAUCAUUUUCCCUUCUGGCUGUAAGAGGUUCUCUCAGCUGCCUGAUAAAGGAGAAGAAAUGUACACACAGUAGACUGAAACAGUUGCAUUUGAUGUAUAUAAAUCAUAUGCUCACAAGGCAACAAAAACUCAGUAUGAAAAGCUGCACGUGAUACAUAGUAUAUACCUAAAAUAGGGACAGUCUUAGCACUACCACAGUGAGAAUGUCACUGACCUUCCCUCUUAGAGCCUUAACUGCACGUGUGAGGACACCAGCCUUUCCUUAACCUUCAUUUCUGCUUUUUCGGUGCACAUCAUUGAAAUUAGCAUUAAGGUAGAAGAUGUACAUAAAAUAGUGAAUAAAAGUAUGUGUGUUGAGAUAACAAGUCCAGCUGCUUCACAACAGUUAGUAUUUGAGUACUAACAGUAUGUGAGUAUUUAAAUUGCUUUCAGGGUGUGGUUUCAUACUGCAGUUAAACUGAUCUAAUGAUGAGAAGGCACUGAUGGAGGUGGCUCAGUCUUCUCCCCAACCACGUGCUCCUACUUUCAAUUUCUUCCACUUGUCUGAUGCUUUUGUACUGUACUGGUUCCAGAGACUAUACAAGUAGAAAAUUUCUUUUUUUGUUGUUGAUUUUUAUCUCUGUAUCAGCUAACAAUGAGGCUGAAUGAAUGUCAGCUCUGGCAUAAGGAAAGAGGCAUGAAAACCACUCGCUGGCAGAAAAAAAAGGAGAGCCUUCCCCUUUUAGGGUGACCAGAUUAUGGAGCUCUGUGGUGCAACAAGACUUGGCUAUUUUGGAAGAAGUCAAUUUUAUAUUGCUUUGAAACUCGUUGCUGUGGCCCAGUCAGGUCUCCCUCUAAGAGUGGAAAGCUUAAAUACAGUGAAGGAUCUCCCUCUUCCCAGAUUUGUUGUGUCAAAGAAUGAACAAGAAUCAAGACACACAGCCUUGUAUUCUUCAGAUGCUGAUAACCCAGCUUCUUAUUCAGGUGUGAUUCCUCCCCCACCUGGCAGGAUACAAGUCAAAAAAGGCUCUGUGAGCCAUGAUGCAGUUCAGCAACGUACAUCGACUGAUCAACAGGAGUCCACAUCUCCAGUUGUUUCACCACAGCAAUCCCCACCAACCUCUCCACACACAUGGAGGAAGCACAACCGCCAUCCUAGCGGAGGGAAUAAUGAACGACCUCUUGCUGGACCUGGGCCUUUUUGGGCUCCAUUUAGUGAAGCACAACCAGGCUCAUCUACUUCUAGUGAUCCCAUAUGGUCUGGUCAUUCACCACCACCUCAUCAAGAAAAUUGGGUCAGUUUUGCUGAUACCCCACCAACCAGUGCUCUUUUAGCCAUGCAUCCUGCUUCUGUCCAGGACCAGACAACAGUACGAACUGUAGCAUCAGCUACAACAACAAAUGAAAUUCGUAGGCAAUCAAGUAGUUAUGAUGACCCCUGGAAAAUAACUGAUGAACAAAGGCAGUAUUAUGUUAAUCAGUUUAAAACCAUUCAACCUGAUCUAAAUGGAUUUAUACCAGGAUCUGCAGCUAAAGAAUUUUUCACUAAGUCGAAACUACCUAUUCUUGAACUUUCCCACAUUUGGGAACUUUCGGAUUUUGAUAAAGAUGGUGCACUGACGUUGGAUGAGUUCUGUGCUGCGUUUCAUCUGGUAGUUGCUAGGAAGAAUGGAUAUGAUUUGCCAGAAAAGCUACCUGAAAGCUUAAUGCCCAAACUGAUUGAUUUGGAAGACUCAACAGUGACUACUUUCAUUUCAGAAGUUGGGGAACAAACCGGUGAGGUUGGUUACUCCAGCUCUCCAGCAGAAGCACCUCCAAGCAAGUCUCCAUCAAUGCCAUCACUAAACCAGACCUGGCCAGAAUUGAAUCAGAGCAGUGAGCAGUGGGAGACAUUUAGCGAACGCUCUUCAAGCUCACAAACUCUGACCCAAUUUGAUUCUAACAUUGCACCAGCUGAUCCUGAUACUGCAAUUGUGCACCCAGUUCCCAUAAGAAUGACUCCAAGCAAAAUCCACAUGCAGGAAAUGGAGCUUAAAAGAACUGGAAGUGAUCAUACUAACCCUACUAGCCCACUACUUGUGAAACCACCUGAUCUCCCAGAAGAAAACAAAAUGAGUUCAUCUGUGAAAUACACAUCUGGAAAUACAGUUACAGAUGGUUACAGCAGUUCAGACUCCUAUACUUCAGAUCCAGAGCAAAUUGGAAGUGCUGUAACACGGCAACGGUCACAUUCAGGAACAUCUCCGGAUAACACAGCACCACCACCACCCCCACCAAGGCCUCAUCCUUCUCACUCUCGAUCGUCAUCUUUAGAUAUGAACAGAUCCUUUUCAGUUACCCCAGGACAGCAACAGGCUGCAGUUGUUGCCUAUCCCCCUGCAGUGCCUCCAAGACCACAGCCUUCACAGGGUGCAGGUCCUCAUGUGCAUCGCCCAGUAGAUGCUGACGGCCUAAUAUCUCAUACCAGUACCUCACCUCAACAAAUACCGGAACAGCCAAAUUUUGCAGACUUCAGUCAGUUUGAGGCAUUUGCUGCAUCAGGUGUAAACAAGGAGGAAGAUGAUGAAAUUGAAACACACUCAGAAGCCUUGCAGGUUGAAAAGCCCUCUGAUUCUGCAAGUUCUCUUAGAGUUGCCAAAGCAGAUGGAAGAGUUGAAGAGAAAGUACCUGCUAAUGUCCCCACUAGUGCGGGUAAAGGCACUACCCCACUUGCUCCGCCACCAAAGCCUAUUCGCAGAAGAUUAAAAUCAGAAGAUGAGCUGAGACCUGAAGCUGAGGAACAUACACAGAAAACAGGUGUCAUAGCUGCUGUUCUUGCUUCACAGCCAUCUAUUCCUAGAUCGAUAGGAAAGGACAAGAAGGCAAUUCAGGCAUCAAUCAGACGCAACAAGGAAACCAACACUGUUUUGGCCAGAUUGAACAGUGAACUACAGCAGCAGCUAAAGGAUGUUCUUGAAGAGAGAAUCUCCCUGGAAGUCCAACUGGAACAACUUCGACCUUUCUCUCACCUCUAAGCCUACUGCCGUUAACUGUGAAUUUACUAACUUUGAAAGGGGUAUUGGUUUCAAAGCCUAUUUAAAGAUCCAUGCGUCUAGCUCGGUGCACUCUAUUCUACAUUAAAUGUUGUAGUUCUGUUUUGUCAAUUUGUCCACUUUUGUAUUUAAGUAUUUUAAUUUCAGUACAGGAAAAAAAAAAAAAGAAAAAUCUUUUUCCUUGAAUGUGACACUGCCUCUCACAUCACUUUCUGUGGACAUCCGUGACCUCUGUUGGACUUGAGUUUGCAGAGUUUGUCGCCAAAAUUCCCAACUGGAACUUUUUAGUGGUUUCUUUUCUUUCCUGUUGAAACAUCUUGCAGAGGAGGAAUGCUGAUCAGUCGACUUGAAACACACAAAUUCUUCCUUUGCUGUGGCAUUUAUUUCAGUGUGCCAGAAAAGAGAAAAAAAAAUCUGUUGUCAGCCAAUAUUACCUCCCAAACUGCCUUCCACAAUUUGAAAGAUGUUCACAAUUCUAGAAAGCCUGCCUCUUUGCAAUAAGCCAGUUUAAACAGGUUGUCAGAGUUCUUGCAGGCUGUUCUCAGUAUCAACUGGAUUUGGUUUCAUAUUUCUGUUGCAUACAUUAUGGCGUACAUAACCACAGUUUGCCAGGUGUUCACAUUUUAUCUGUUCAUGACCCUGAUUCAGCUGCAUGCAUAUGAAGACUUAUGGUAUAAUUGGUGGUCUCUCAAACAAAAAUUUUUCAGACCUUUUUGUGAAGGAGGUGGGUGUAAAUCCCCAACAUAUAAUUACACAUUUCCUAAGCACCACCUGUAAUUGCAUGUUUCACACAUUACCUUUUAAUAACAGAUCACAUCCACCAGUCUUCACUCUAACAAAAUGUAUUGUCAAGUAAUGUGUCAAUUCCCAGCAAAAAAAACAAAACAAAACAAAACAAACCUUUUUUUUUUUUUUUUUUCAAGAACGGUUUGCUUCUUAGGAAUUCUGGGAUACCGGCCUUAUUUCUCUGGCAUAUAGACAGGCUUCACUAUUAACUGAGUUCCCUGAGUGUAUCCUGCUAUUCAGGUUGAUGUACUGUAUUAGGAUUUGUUGUAUAUUGUAUGAUACACACCUUUUGAUCUCAUAUGUAAAUUUGCAUUAAUUGCUGACUAACAGCAGAUAUUCUAUUUAAUGGCUUCUUCUGGCUGUGGGAUCAUAGAUGUUUAACUGCAUGGAUGUAUCUCUGCAGAAUCAGAACUAGCAAUUGUGUGAUUUUUACACCAAUAAAACAGCACAAUAUUUUAA